AUGUCUUAUGUUCCAAGCGAAAGUGACGCGAUUUCUAGUUUAUAUACGUUACGUUUUUGUGGGGUAAACCCACAAACAUCUCCCUUGACCGCGAAAGACCUUGAUAAUGUAGACGAAUAUCUUUUACGCACGCAUUACACCUUUGAAAUUUCAAAAUUCAAAAGAAGCUACAUUGUAUUGCCGACAGCUAGCAAGAGAGUAUGGUUUCAUGAUAAAACAAGAAACCAGUUCGAUAUUCAUGAAGGUAAAAGCCAAUGGAAGUUUAAGAAAUCAAAUAAUCCGCAGCAUGCAGAACACAACCAUGACUUGAUACCUGAAAAUCUUCCUGUACCUUGGCCUCCUAGCGCCCUUCAAAGGAUUAUAGAAUACGCUAGUUCCGGAUUGCCAACGGGAGAUAUAAGACAAUUGAUGCAACAAGAAUUCCCACAUUUACCUUGGGAUGAAAGGAGGUUUUAUAAUCGGUUAGCAGAAGAGAGGAAGAAAAUCAAAAUUCGAGAAACCGAAAGGAGGGUUGCCGAAACCAUCGUUUUGGCCGCACGCGUGGCUUCCUUAGCAUGUUCCAAUCAAGAACAUACUGAUCAGGUUCAAACAAUUUUACAGCAAGCAUUAGAAGAUAUUUGUGAGUCCACAAAUAUUGAUCCAAAUACUGUAAUUAAUAUAAGUUCUCAAGAAGAUAUGACGACAAUAUCAAUUCCUUCCUCAUCAACUUCCGAUAUUGUAUGUAAUUAUCCUGCUGGCAGUUUAACCGUUAAAAAUAUUCCUGCGCAUAAAGGACGACCUCCAAAGAAGAAUCUAUUACCUCCACAACUUCAAAAUAUGUUUCCAUCCCAAUCUUCCAUUCAAAAGGGUUUGACUGGUACAAAAUUACCAAAGUUGAAUUUGGCUUCAACCUUAUCAAACCAUCCGGCAUUUGAACCAAUACACCAACAACAUACAAAACUUCAAGAACAACAAUUUCAUCCUACCCAAUCGAAUGUUCAAAUCCCACUUGUAUCUCAAUUAAAUACGGAUGAAUUAAAUUCAUUUUCGUCGUCACAACCUAUACUUCAAGGGAACUUGGUUCCUCAUUUUCAAAAGCAAGAACAAUUUUAUGAUUUUCAACCACCUCAAACUAAUUCACAUUCUCAAGAUAGUAAUCAAUUAUUCAUGUCUCAGGAAUAUCCUGGUAUGAAACUUGAUUCACAUCUAAAUCCACCUCGUGAACAGAUUAACAGACAUGAGCAGCAAAUUCUAGCUCCUCAAACUUCUUUUCAGAUAUAUUCACAACCUCCAACAUGGGAACAGCCUAGUUUUAUAAAUUAUGCUUUAACACCAGAUAUGUUGCUUCGUUCGUGUCCGCAAGUGUUUACUUCACCUCAGGAAGAAAUCAUAAAACAGAAAUUAUUACGACACGGUCCAACGUCAGAUUUUCAGACUGACCAAGUAUUAAACCUGCCACAUUCAAUUCAACAUAUGAAUUCAAACAUACAAAGUCAAAAUCAACAAAUGCUUACGCCACACUCAGUUGAACAUAUGAAUUAUGAAAAAGCAAGCCAACAAGCCACCUUCAAACAACAAGCCACUCCAAAUACAGGAGACCAAAUAUUUUAUUUUUAA